AUGAAGACCAAUCUGGACUUGGUCAAUGACACAGAUGGAUUCCCGUACGGUGAUAUCGCCAAUGUACAAGUCCUCGGUCAGAACAUCUACACGCUUCUUUGGGAAGAUGAGCAGGGCGCAUACCCCGUUGGCUAUGUGCUGGAUCGCGUGAUACAGGAGUUUGUCAAAGUUCCUGCCGCCGUUAUCGGUGACAUUGAUGUCGAUCACGAGCAGAGGACGCUCAAGAUGCUGCGUUUGCCAACUGAGGCAGAGCGCACAGAGCGCCUUGGCAAGGUCGCAGGCUAUUUUCGCGAGAACAACGUUUUCAAAUUGCUCAAGGGCUGGCGCGAUGAGCUGUGGCCCGUCUUUGGACGCAAUGGCGAGCUUCUGUUCAGCAUGGAGCGUGCAGCCAUGGGCUUGAUUGGCACAAUGCGGUACGGCGUGCAUAUGACGGCCUAUGUGCAAGACCCCGCUGCACCACACGGCAUAAAGGUCUGGGUACCUGUCCGCGCAGCCGACAAGUCGACGUUCCCGGGCAUGCUGGACAACACUGUUGCUGGAGGGCUCAUGACGGGUGAAGAUGAGUUUGAGUGCAUGGUCAGAGAGGCGGACGAGGAAGCUAGUCUGCCAGAGGACGUUGUCCGCGCGCGAGCCAAGCGUGUCGGCACCGUUACCUAUCUGUUCAUCACAGAUGACAAGAAUUGCGGCGAAGCUGGCUUUGUUUACCCGGAGUGCGAGUGGGUGUACGAUUUGCUGCUGCCAGCCGAUGUCAUCCCGCAGCCCAAAGACGGCGAGGUUGCUGAGUUUCGCCUUGACGACGUAGACCAAGUCAAGAGGGACCUCAAGGCCGGGAACUUCAAGACGAAUUGUGCUGUCGUUAUGCUCGACUUCUUCAUUCGCCACGGAAUAAUAAAGGCAGAAGAAGAGCCCGACUUUGAGCUUGUGAAGCAGCGAAUGCAUCGUGAUAUUCUGUUCCCCGGCCCGCACCGAGAGGAGUGGCGCGCUGCAUAG